UCCAAUUCCAGCUGGAAAAAGGAUUCUUGUUUUUAAACUUAGUACUUUUAAAUGCAUUCAUCUUUUUCCUAAAUAGUGUUGAAAAUGGAUAAUGCAGUAGAAAAGGAUGCUGAAUCUUCAAGCAAAGAUUUCCGGAUAGAUUGUUCUACAACCCGAGGUUUGCAGAACAUUAUGAAUACUGUUGGUAAAUAUGUCGCAGAAAUGAGCGAUUCGGUGGUCGAAUUACCUGAAGAAAAAGAGGCUUUUACCAGGAGGUUUUUAGGAAUUUUCAAAAGUUCUCUGCAAGAAAACGUGACAGUGAAUGGACUGCCGUGGAUUCCCGACAAGCACGCCCUCUCUUCGCACGAAAAGGAAGAGGAAGAGCACAAUCAAAAGGAAGUGUUAGUCUCCAGACUCUGCAAAUCUAUUUCGGACGUCGGUCAAAAGAGGAAAACAUUCCCUCCGCAGGGCCGAAAAGUCCUGGCCAUGAAGCAUCAACAUGCUUUGGAAAAUUUGCUUGGCAUUAUGACUUUCUAG